CUAAAAAUCUCGCCGUUCACAUGUCUAAAAAGUUUCUUUCUGGGAUUAAACGUCUCAAGCCCAAUCCCAAGUCAACCCAUGAAAUUCCGGUUCCAACUCAGAUCAAGAGACUCGUAGUUGAGGUGUGUGAGAUCCUUAGGACACAAACUCAAUGGGAAGAAAUGCUUGAAACCCGACUGUCAGUGGAGGAAAUAGUCCCAUCUGAAAUUGCCCACUUGGUGUUUGAUAAAAUUCACAAUGCCGAUUUAGGGCUUAAGUUCUUUGGUUGGGUCUCUGAUAGACCUUAUGGCUGUUCUCUGGAUGGGUUUGCUUAUUCUUCUCUUUUAAAGCUCUUGGCUAAGUUUAAAGUUUUUUCUGAGGUCGAAGCUGUGCUCAAGAGCAUGAAAUGCCAAGGGAAAGUGCCCAGCCGAGAAGCUUUUGAUGUAAUAAUAAGAGCUUAUUCUGAUUGUGGCUUAGUUGAUAAAGCCGUUGAGUUAUAUUCUUUUGAAGUAAAUACCUGUGGUUUGGUGCCAAAUGUGUUGGCUUAUAAUUCUUUGCUUAAUGGACUUGUGAAGAAAGGUAACAUUAAUGAUGCAAUGCGGAUAUAUUGCGACAUAGUUGAGAGAGCUGAUGGGGAAGAGAAUUGUUCUGCGGAUAAUUAUACUACAGGUAUAAUGGUGAGAGGAUUGUGCAAGGAAGGUGAGGUUGAUAAAGGUAUGCAAUUAAUUUUUGCUAGGUGGGGAAAGGGGUGUAUCCCAAAUAUAGUGUUUUACAAUAUACUGAUUGAUGGACAUUGCAAGAAAGGCAAUGUUGAAAGAGCUUAUAUGAUUUUUAAGGAGUUGAAACUAAAGGGAUUUUUGCCCACAGUUGAGACUUAUGGAGCAAUGAUCAAUGGGUUCUGCAAGGAAGGGGAUUUUAAGAAUGUUGAUAAGCUUUUGAAAGAAAUGAAUGAAAGGGGAUUGGCAAUUAAUGUAUCUGUUUAUAAUAGCAUUAUAGAUGCAAAGUACAGGCAUGGUUGUGCAAUGGAUCCCAUGGAGACUGAAAGAAAGAUGAUUGAGGGUGGCUGCAAUCCUGAUAUUGUGACAUAUAAUACAUUGAUUUCAGGCACAUGUAGAGAUGAGAAGGCUCAGGAAGCUGAAAAACUUCUAGAACAUGUGAGGAACAGGGAAUUACUGCUUAACAAGUUCAGUUAUACUCCUCUUAUUCACCUCUACUGCAAACAGGGCAAUUUUGACCGAGCCUCUAAUUUGCUAGUUGAGAUGACAGAGCAUGGACAUAAACCUGAUCUGGUAACUUAUGGAGCUCUUUUGCAUGGGUUUGUGGUUUCUGGUGAGAUUGAUGUUGCUUUAUCAAUUCGAGACAAGAUGAUUCAAAGGGGAGUGCUUCCGGAUGCAGGUAUCUAUAAUGUUUUGAUGAAUGGACUUUGCAAAAAAGGUAGGUUUGCUGACACUAAGCAACUUCUUGCUGAGAUGCUUGGCCACAAGUUGUUACCUGAUGCAUAUAACUAUGCAACAUUAGUGGAUGGAUUUAUCAGAGAUGGUGACCUGGAUGGGGCAAAGAAACUGUUUAAGAAAAUAAUUAAGACUGGAGUAAAUCCUGGACUUGUGGGAUAUAAUGCCUUGAUUAAGGGAUUCUGUAAAUUUGGGUUGAUGAAAGAUGCAGUAUCGUGGAUGAAUAUAAUGAUGGAGAGAAACAUUUUUCCAGAUGAAUUUACUUAUUCCACCAUUAUUGAUGGAUACAUAAAGCAGCAUUAUCUGGUUGGUGCAUUGGUGAUGCUUGGAAACAUGAUCAAACGAAAUUGUACUCCUAAUGUGGUAACAUAUACCAGUCUAAUCAAUGGGUUUUGUCGCAAUGGAGAUCUUGCAGGAGCUGAAAAGAUUCUUAGGGAGAUGCAGUUGAGUGGUUUGAUGCCUAAUGUUGUGACUUAUACCACAAUAAUAGGUGGCUUUUGUACGGUAGGAAACCUUGCAAAAGGAGCCUUCUUUUUUGACCAAAUGCUGAUUAGCAAGUGCACUCCCAAUGACAUUACAUUUCACUUUCUGGUUAAGGGAUUUUCAAACAGUGUACUUGAUAUAUCCAAGCAAGAAAAGAUGUCUAACUAUAGUAAGUCUGUGUUUCUGGAUGUCUAUCAAAGAAUGAUAUCCGAUGGUUGGGAUUGUCAGACAGCAGUGUACAGUUCCAUUAUUGUUUGUCUUUGUUUGCAUGGUAUGUUCAGAACAGCACUGCAGUUAAGAAAUAAAAUAGCUAGCAAGGGAUGUAUUUCAAAUCCCAUCAGUUUUGCUGCCUUCUUGCAUGGUAUUUGCUCCGAAGGAAUAUCAGAGCAAUGGAGAAGCAUUGUCUCAUGCAACUUAAAUGAGCAAGAGCUCCAUGUUGCUGAAAAAUACUCUUUGGUGUUUGACCAAUAUUCAACUAAUGGAAUGACUUCUGAGGCCUCACAUAUCUUGCAUGCAUUGAUUAAAGAAGAACAUUAUCAGGAACUGAGGAAAUAUCAAAGUUUCAGUUAGUUAAGUGCAAGGAAGAACUUGAAACUUUUAUUGUACUUCAAACAAGAGUAUCUGAAGUUAACCAACACAUUGGUGCCUUGCAUGAGAUGAAGGAGCUGUCUCAAGGACUAAAUUAUGUGUGUUACCCUGGAAGUAGAGAAUACAUGCUAUACAGCACAUUGAGAGCUAGUAUUGGAGUACUUUGGCUCCAUUUGCUAAUAUCUAAAACCUAAUGUCAUGGUGACUUGUGACAUCUGAAGUGUUAAGUACAUACACUUGAUAAAUGGAGAGAGAGAGGAAAUAUGCAAGGUGAUUUUGUUUUGCAUCAUUCCUUCAGUAACAAGUAGGCACUGCUGUGAAAAUUUUCAUGAAGUUUGACAAUCUGCUGAUAAGUUUGGUGGACGAGCUCUCAUGUGAAUGUGCCCUUGCACAGUCUUGCGACAUUGUAAGAAACGCCAAUAACUGAUAGAAGGUUGUGUGUGAUUUUGCUGGUGGCCAUGUCGUGAUACUAGUAACUUUAGAUCUAAGGCAACUACCGAGGUGUCAGGCGGAACCUUGCUAGUUUAUCAUACGUAGAAUGGAAUUUGUCGAUCCUGGCAUAUGCUGAAAGGUGGAACUGGAAAUGGAACACAAACUUCUUGAUCAGCGGUAGCUAGUUGGAGAUACUUGUUGAUACAAGUUUCAAACGUGAUCCACAUUUGUGCAUCCGCCGGAAUGUUGGAACUUGCAUCCUUCCUUCAAGUCUGAAUGUGUUCUCACGUGUGAGGCUGUGCGGCAUCAAAAGUUAGUGUGACAUGACUGACGACAGUGAUCGUCCAACAGAAUAUUCCUUUUGGGCAAAGUGCACACAUGAAAUUUGUAAAGAGAUUUUCGAUUAGGGGCUUUAGCACUCUCAAACUCAAUAGCGUGUAACGGCAUCCUGUUAAUGUAGGAUUUGAUUCUAUUCAA